AUCGCUGAUCCAACUCUGCUUUGAUCCGCCGGCUGACUGUUAACGAGCAGUCAACAGUCAACCCGACAGUCAACAAGACAGAACAUAGAUCAACAGAAGAGAGAUGCUGCCGGAUCACUACAAGACCUUGGGCUGCAGUCCUGACGCCUCGCAGGCGCAGAUCAGAGAUGCCUACAAAAAGGCCGCAUUGGCAACUCAUCCAGACCGGUUCGGAGGCUCGGCAGAGGCAACGGCGCGGUUCCAGAAGGUGUCGGACGCAUACUUCAUCCUGAGCGACGAGACGCGGCGGCGCGAGUACGAUGCGGAGUACCGGUCGCAGAACCCGUACAGCGACGAGAGCAAGUACUUUUCAAGCGACGAGGAGCGACAGCGCAAGUACCAGGAGGACUUUAUGGGUGCGUUUGAGGAGAUGUUUAGAGACGCGGGGAUGAAGACGCCCGGAGACGAGAGUGAGGAUUCGUCCUCGUCUUUCUCUGCGCCGCCCCCGUCAUCCUCGCGGCGCUCAAAGUUCUACACGAUAGUCACUGGCGCAGCCGGCACGGUGGUUGGAUUUACGAUUGCGAAUAUGCCAGGCGCGUUGGCCGGCAUGGCGAUCGGCGCAAAGCUGGGGAGUAUCAGAGACCAGAAGGGCAAGUCUGUCUACGCGGCUUUCCAGGAGAUGCCGCAGUCUGACCGGGCCAAGAUCCUGGCAGAACUUGCGCAGAGGGUGUUUGCGUCUACUUUGAGUGGUUAGGAGGAAUAUGAAGUUGUUGCUGUAUAAUAAUAGGUAGUUUCUAGUAAAUAAUAGUCAAUCAGAAC